AUGCUGGCUCACACGCAGCGGCGACACUGGGCUGUGGACUGUGGACUGUGGACUCACAGCUGGCACCGCUGGCACGCUCAGCACACGGCCGUGGGUGGUCGUCUGAGCGCUGCUUGCAACACGCACAGCCAGAGACAGGGACGGCAGGCGCGCAGUCGCCGGCCCCGGCUGCGACUGCGACCGCGAGUGCUGCAGCUGCAGUUGGUGAGCGCUGGCGGCCGGCCGUGUUUGAACCACACGCCGCGAGCACCCAUGGUGGAUCGUCGCAAUCAACACGGCCGCGCGCGGGCGGCCAGCUGGGCCAGAGGCCGUGGUCAAUGCAGACACUGGCCGCUCUCGAAUCUGGCACUGCUGCAAGCGCUGCAAGUGUGCAAGUCAAGUGCCCGCCAGGGCUCGCCGCGCCUCGCCGCCAUGGACUGGAUUGCUCACGGCCGGCGACCGCCAUCUGACCCGCAGCACAUCCACAUCCCCGUCGUCGUCCAAGAGUCACGGCCUGCGAGGUGGUGCUCUGGCGCUAGCCCGGAGCGUCGCUCGUCCAGGACGCCCCAAGGAGCCCCAGCACCAGUGCUGCGCCGCUGCGACCGGCGCGCAGCCUCAGCGAGCACCGCGCGCGCCUAUUGGCCGGCUCGCCCGCGCAAAGCAGGCGAUACCUCAGCCAGCAUUCAUUCGACACCACCGCUGCCGUUGCAGGCGGCUGGCCCACUGCACACGAAAGACUGCUCACAGCCGGCCUUCGUCUGCCACCGUCCGUGGGACACCAUCAGUCCAGAAACGAUAGCGCUGGCGGCCUCGUCAAUUCGCUGCCCAUCAGAGGGCGCUGCGAAGAGCGUGAGCACUGAGAUCCCUUACGCUUGCAUCACGGCCUGCUGCACCGGCCAACGCGGGCGACACGAGAUGAUGAGGACACCUCCCUGCCAGCCCCAGCCACGCCCACUUGUCCAUCGCCGCGGUAACUUUGCCAGUGCGAGCAGCCCUCAAGUGCAAGUGCAAGUGCAAGUGCAAGUGCCAAUCCACCACUGCUCCUCGGACAGCGUCGUGCAGCUCAUGAUGAUGUGCCCACACGCGUCCCAGACACGGCGCGAGAUCGCUGCUGCGUCCAUCGAUGGCUGUCAGACACCCUCACCCAUGCCGUGCUUGGCCGCUGCCCUACUCGCCCACUCGCCCUGCUGCACGCGGUGCACAGCUGUUCGCAAGACGACGCUGAGCCCGCCGCGAAUCUGCGGUGCUGCCGCCAUCGGUAUCAGAAGCAGCGAUACGAGCAUCGAGCCGCCAAACCGCUAG